CUCCAUCCUCUAGCUCUGUCUGUUUGAUUCUUUCCGCUUCAACCCACACCCUCACACCAUCCGCAAAAAUGAGCGAAUCCAAGGUCAGCGUUGCGCCCAGCGAGCGCACCGUCAUCGGUAUCACCUUUGGCAACUCCAACAGCUCCAUCGCCUGCACUGUCGACGAUAAGGCUGAGGUUAUCGCCAACGAGGAUGGCGACCGCCAGAUCCCCACCAUCCUAUCCUACGUUGACGGCGACGAGUACUACGGCCAACAGGCCAAGAACUUCCUCGUCAGGAACCCCAAGAACACCGUCGCCUACUUCAAGGACUUCCUCGGCAAGGACUUUGCGGCCGUCGACCCUACCCACAACCACGCCUCUGCCCACCCUGAGGAUGCCGAUGGCACCGUUGCCUUUACCGUCCAGGAGAAGGAGGAGGGCGAGGCUUCCAAGCUCUCUGUCUCCGAGGUCUCUACCCGCUACCUUCGCCGCCUGAUCGAAGCCGCCUCCGAGUACCUUGGCAAGAAGGUCACCUCCGCCGUCAUGACCGUCCCCACCAACUUCUCCGACAAGCAGAAGGAGGCCCUUCUCGCUGCCGCCGCCGCCGCCAACCUCGAAGUUCUCCAGCUCAUCAACGAGCCCGUUGCCGCUGCUCUCGCCUACGAUGCCCGCGCCGAGACCGAGGUCCAGGACAAGAUCGUUGUUGUUGCUGACCUUGGUGGCACCCGCUCCGAUGUUGCCGUUGUCGCCAGCCGCAGCGGCAUGUACACCAUCCUCGCCACCGUCCACGACUACGACUUCCACGGCACUGCCCUCGACAAGGUUCUCAUUGACCACUUCUCCAAGGAGUUCAUCAAGAAGCACCAGGUCGACCCCCGCGAGAACGCCCGCUCCCUCGCCAAGCUCAAGGCUGAAGCCGAGUCCACCAAGAAGGCCCUCAGCUUGAGCACCAACGCCAGCUUCAGCGUCGAGUCCCUCGCCAACGGCAUCGACUUCACCAGCUCCAUCAACCGCCUCCGCUACGAGACCAUUGCCCGCUCCGUCUUCGAGGGCUUCACCCGUCUCGUCGAUUCCGCCGUCAAGAAGGCUGGCCUCGAUGCUCUCGACAUUGACGAGGUCAUCCUGUCCGGCGGUACCUCCCACACUCCCCGCAUCGCCGCCAACCUCGGCUACCUCUUCCCCCAGACCACCAAGAUCCUCGCCCCCUCCACCACCCCCGCCGCCAUCAACCCCUCCGAGCUUAACGCCCGCGGUGCCGCUCUUCAGGCCAGCUUGAUCCAGGAGUACGAGGCCGAGGACAUCGACCAGUCCACCCACGCCGCCGUCACCACCGUCCCUCACGUCACUAAUGCUAUUGGUGUCAUCUCCCUCAACGAGGCCGGUGAGGAAGUCUUCGUCCCCGUCAUCGCCCCCGAGACCGCCGUCCCCGCCAGGAGGACAAUCCACGUUGCCGCCCCCAAGGAUGGCGGCGAUGUUCUCGUCAAGAUUGCCGAGGGCAACACCCACAUCAAGGUCACCAAGCCCGAACCCAAGGUCAAGGACGAGUCCAAGGCCGCCAAGGUCGAGGAUGCUGAUGAGGAGGGUGACGACUCUGACUUCUCCGAUGACGAGGAGGAGGAGGAGGAGAAGCGCGAGAAGGUAUGGAAGAUUGGCUCCACCCUUGCCGAGGCCGCCGUCCGCGGUGUCAAGAAGGGCGGCAAGGUCGAGGUCACCAUCCUCGUUGAUGCUAACCUCUCGGUCACCGUAACGACGAGGGAGGUUGGUGCCAAGACUGGUGUCCGUGGUACUUUGAGCGCUUAAGCCAAUGAGAUUUAAUUAGAAUACAGUGGAGAGUUUUCUUGUAAAAGGGUUCAAGUGUUGAAAGUUAUUAUACCUGUGUGUGUGUGUGGAGAAAGCACCUUGGCAUGGUGUGGUGGGAUAACAGGAUUUUUUUUGUGUGCAAAAAGGAACCCAACUACUGGUAUUUACUGGGCAACUUAAAAUAGAGGCGAAAUGAUGAAUUUGAUGACCCUAUUAGACAA